AUGGGUAUUAUGUUAAAUAAGAGAAACAUCAGAGUGCUGAGCAUCACAGCUCUGAUGCUACUGUUAGUGUUCUUUGUCGUGCAGAAUGCUGACAGUAUGAGUCUAGCUAGUGAUAAUGUGCAACGGACACAAGUGGCUACUGGUUCUCAACAACAAGAUCCACAUAGUAACUUGGUUCAACAAGCUGUUGUGGAAGGUGGUAAGCCAGGGUCUAAUACAGAAGCUACUAAAGAGAUCGAUAGAAUCAAAGAGAAAGUCGGCAUUCAUGAUGAAGAAAAGAACGGGAAUAGUGCUGUAGGCGUUGCUGCUGGUGCUGCAAGUGCAGUAAGUACUUCAAGUAAUGCCCACGUUAAUGGAGGUAACGUUCCAGUUGAUGAUUCAUUAACUGCUGCUCAAAAUAGUAAAACUGGGAAGGAUUCAGAAGUGAAAUCUUUUGAUGCUAAAGCUGAAUAUUCAGAAAUGUUAAGACUUUCUCCUGUGAUCAUUUUCAGUAAAACAUAUUGUCCUUACUCUAAAAGAUUAAAGAGUCUGUUGGAACAAGAAUAUGAAUUUACUCCUGGAUAUAAUGUGAUUGAAUUAGAUAUACAUAGUCAUGGAACAGAGUUACAAGAAUAUAUCAAGGAAAAAACGGAUCGUGGGACAGUACCAAAUAUGAUAGUUAAUGGCAUCUCCAGAGGUGGUUCCGACGAUAUCAUAGCACUACACAAGAAUGGUGAGUUACUUUCCUCUUUGAGGGAAUGGUCCGGAGGUAGUUUCGAAGUUAAACAAACGGAUAAACCAUCUAAUAAUUAA